AUGGGCAGAAAACACGUCAGCAGCGCCGUGAACAUCAAUGAUAUCAUAGUGACCGUUUACCGCAUUUACUGUGUUUUUUUCACUUGUAAACAGCCUAAGGCAAGGAAGAAGACAGAAGCUGCCAAAGACGUGUCAAUGGUGGAGUUGACCAAAAAUGAUCCAAAUGGUCCUGAAGAAAAAAAAUGCUUGCCCCCAAGUGCCAGCGGCAGCAGCAUCAGUAGCCUUGGAUCAGGUUCAAUCUCUAAAGUUGAAUUCCUAGAAGCCAAGAUCGAAUGGCAAGAAAAAAUGAUAAAGGAUCUGGAGCAAGAACGUAAUUUCUUACGUGAGCAAAUCCUGAUGGGGAAGAAGACAUCAACUCAACCAAAAGCAGUUGAUUUGGAAGAGAGUGAAAAUUCAGGAGAUUCAGCCCAUGAUAACAUUCCUCCAUCAUCUCCUAAUAUCAGCGAGUCCUCCGACAGUGAUGUUCUCAUGGCAAGACAGAAAACAAAGCACACAUGGCCAUCAGCAUCUGCACCAGUAGCUGUGCCUAGUCGAACUCAUAUGAGAGUCAAAGGACCAGCUGAGGUCAUCCGUAGAUAUAAGAAAGUCCUGAAAACCUUCAGCCGUGUCCGCACAAUGACAGAAGCCUUCAGGGCAAACGGCGUGGAUCGUGGAACUAUCAAGAUGACGGCCCCAAUUGCAGAGCUCCACAUAGUGGACCCAGAAACCUACAAAAGCCUGAGGUUCGAUCCUGCGAAUGAGACUCUCCUGUCUUUUUCUAAAAAGUGUGCCACCCACAUUAGCCCUGAAAAAAAAGCCAUAAUAGAGGACAUGAAAUCUCGAGGGCAACUUCUUCCCUUACUGAUGAAGUAUUAAAAUACUAACUUGCUGAUUUGUUUGGUUCUGUUCUGCUGCCAGUGCAAAAUGUUGAAAAUGUGAGUUAAGAUACAAAACAAGGCUACAGUGGGGCUUGAAAGUUUGGGCACCCCUUGCAGAAUUUUUUAAAAAAUGAG